UACAUCCGGGCUUUCUGGCCUCGAGACGAAUGUGCUGACGUCAGCUAUAUAAAGGCCCUCGGCGCCUUUGUUCCUUCUCAGUGCGUCGUUGCUGAUCUACUGGCGGUUUGGAGAUCCCAAACUGUGUCAAAAUGGUUGAAGCAGAUCGUCCUGGCAAGUUGUUCAUUGGUGGGCUGAACACAGAGACUAAUGAGAAGGCUCUUGAAUCUGUCUUUGGCAAAUAUGGCCAUAUAGUAGAGGUUCUCCUUAUGAAAGACCGUGAAACCAACAAAUCAAGAGGGUUUGCUUUUGUUACCUUUGAGAGUCCAGCAGAUGCCAAGGAUGCUGCCAGAGAUAUGAAUGGAAAGUCUUUAGACGGAAGAUCAAUUAAAGUUGAACAAGCUACCAAGCCAUCCUUUGAAACCGGUAGACGUGGGCCCCCUCCCCCUUCAAGGAGCAGAGGUCCUCCAAGAGGUUUUAGAGGCGGAAGAGGUGGAAGUGGAACACGGGGUCCUCCUUCAAGAGGGAGUUAUUUGGGUUCUUCUAGAGGCCCUCUACCGAUGAAAAGGGGCCCACCCCCACGUAGCGGUGGCCCACCACCUAAAAGACCUGCUCCUUCUGGACCUGUUCGUAGUAGUAGUGGAAUGGGAGGCAGAGCACCCCUUUCACGCGGUAGAGACAGUUAUGGAGGACCGCCACGCAGAGAACCACUGCCAUCACGAAGAGAUGUCUACCUGUCUCCAAGAGAUGAUGGUUACAGUACUAAAGACAGCUAUUCCAGUCGGGACUAUCCAAGCUCCAGAGACACAAGAGAUUAUGCUCCACCGCCAAGAGAUUAUGCCUACCGUGAUUAUGGUCACUCCAGUUCACGUGAUGAAUACCCCUCAAGAGGCUACAGUUCCAGAGACACAAAGGAAUAUACUUCACCUCCAAGAGAUUAUGCCUACCGUGACUAUGGUCAUUCCCGUUCACGUGAUGAGUAUCCCUCAAGAGGUUUCAGUUAUUCCUCUUACAGCGAUCGUGAUGGCUAUGGAGGGCGUGACCGGGACUAUUCUGAUCACCCAAGUGGGGGCUCAUACAGAGAUUCCUAUGAGAGUUAUGGUAACUCACGUAGUGCUCCACCUGCACGAGGGCCCCCUCCAUCUUAUGGUGGAAGCAGUCGCUAUGACGAUUAUGGGAGCACCCGAGAUGGGUAUGGUGGAAGUCGAGAAAGUUACUCAAGCAGCAGAAGUGAUGUCUACUCAAGUGGCCGUGAUCGUGUGGGAAGACAAGACAGAGGCCUCCCCCCUUCUAUGGAAAGGGGUUAUGCUCCUCCACGUGAUUCUUACAGCAGCUCCAGCCGCGGAGCACCCAGAGGUGGCGGCCGUGGAGGGAGCCGCUCUGAUAGAGGUGGAGGCCGAAGCAGAUACUGAAACCUUUUAAAGUGCUGGACCAAAUCAGUUUUUUCCUCCCAACAAAUGGAAUGUGGAAGUUCUAUCCUCACUCCAGAGGACUACUGAAACAUUUGUUUUUAUCUUUUUUAUUGUUGCUUGUUAAGUUCCCCUCCAUUACUUAAUGUUUUUUUGUGAGGAGAAAGUAAACUUGUUUUAAUUCAUUUCAAAAUUGUUAAUAUUUCUCUCAGAAAGCAGAUGUUAAUGUAUGACAUUUUUAGCCUGUGUACUAGUGUUGUAACUUUUUAAAGUAAAGGUUAACCCUGAAAUGCAA